AUGGCGCCCCGCGGUCGUGGUGGAAAAUUCUCAAAACCUACCAGAGGAGGUGGUAAACACUUUAGCCGCGACAUACAACCACUUGACAAAGAUGGCAAUGCACUAGGAAUGUGGAGGGACCCCGAAGACGAAACCUCCUCAGAAGGAGAUGACGACUCCUCUGAAGAAGAAGAAGAAGAAUCUUCCGACGACGACGGUGCGCCCAAAGUCGCACCGGAAGAAAUGACCCGUGAACAACGCAAAGCAGCUGCAAAGGCCAAAAAGGAAGCAGCCAUUCGAAAGAGGAAUCAAGUCGUCGCCCAACCAGGAGAUUUGCCGCCUACAGACUCCGAGGAUGAAGACGAUGAUGAUGAAGACGACGACGAGGCACUACCCGCUAACCCGAAUCAUUCUGCGAAGUCGCGUUCGCAGGCAAUGGCUCCUCCCCCCAUUGCAGCGGAUGCGGCGGCGCCAGCAAAGAAACCGAAGAAUACGGAGCAAUUGUCUCGACGAGAGAGAGAGGCUCUGGAGGCCCAACAGGCGCGUGAAAGAUACAUGAAAUUGCACAUGGAAGGCAAGACGGAUGAAGCACGCGCUGAUAUGGAGCGGCUGAGACUUGUGCGCGAGCGCCGCGAGGCCGAAAAGGCGCGCAGAGAUGCCGAAAAAGAAGAGCGGGAGGCGCAGCAAAAGGCUCGUCAGGAUGAGAUUAGUGAGCGUGAGAAGAAGCUUCGUGAAGCAGCUCUGGGAAAACCUGCACGUGGUGGCAAGAAGGUUUCUAAGAAGUGA